UAGUCUUUCGAUGCCAGGUGGCUAAGCUGUAUGUCCAAGGAAAGUUAUCUGGAAUCAUAGGUCUUGCUGCAUCACUUAUUAAAGACCUUUUCCAAGUUAUGCAUCCGUCUUUAGCUCCUCACCUGCACAGCGAUUGUUUACAAAUUAUAGAAGAGCUGCAUCGUUGUCACGAAGAGCAUCCCUUUCGAAAGUUCGUCGGAAUGUGUAACGAUAUUAAACGGACUCUUAAUGCGUGCUUGAAAGAAGAGGAUUUGAGAAGACGAAGAAAAAACUUGGAAGAGUCAAGAAGAAGAAGAAAGUCCAUGCAAGAAUUUUAUGCAGAAGAAAAAUGAUUCACCAUUGUGAAGAAUGAAAAGGCUUGAAGGAGUGAACUGGUUUGGAGAAAUGCAUUGAGCCCUGAAAUGGUCUGCAUGGAAAAUGUAACUCUGAAGGGAGUCAAACGUUAUGUGGUGUACAGAAGCUAACAGGACUGUCGUGAAAACAUUUUGAUGAAGUGAUGUAUCUGCCUCAAAUAUGGGUAAUUGGACACUUCCAUCAUCUUUCAAGGGUGUUUUUUUCAAUUUUUUAUGACUUUUAGAAUGUAAUUUUUCCUUCCAAUCUCAAGAUAGCAAUGGUCCAGAUGAAGAAUGUCAAAUAAGUGCUUGAUCCCUUAACCCCUAAGAGUGACUAACAUCUAAAUUCUCCUUACAAUAUCACCUAUAAAUCAAACAUUAAGGUCAUGAGAAUUAAGGAGAUGAUCACCAACUAAAGAAGCUCUUGAUUGUUGAACAAAUUCUCCUCAUCAGAACCGUAGGAAAUGUCUAGAGAGUAGUAUGGAGAAUAUGCAUACUGAUGUUAGGGAGUAAAGGCUGAAGAACUCUGGUCACAAAAGCAGUUUGUGCAAGUACAGGGACCCAUGGGUGAGUUCAAAGUCUCACAGAGGAUUCCAGAUUAACCCUUUACGUCCUAGCAUCAAUGUAAGUAUACUCCAUACUGUUCUCUAUGCAUUUCCCAAGGUGCUGACAAGGAGAAUUUGUUGAACAAUCCAGAGCUUUCAUGACCUUAAUGUGUGAUUCAGUAGUGGUUCUGUAAGGAGAAAUAAGAUGCUGAAGCUUGGUUUAAAAGGAUUUUUUGCCUAUUAUCAUAAAAUACUGUCAAUCUCUUGUAAGGACAGGCUUGUACUGCUAAGGUCCAAAGUUAACCGUGGUGUUAGGGAAGCAUGUAUUAUACCACUAUACCAUCCCUCCCUGAGAUUACUGUCAGAGUCCUGUCUAUGGGGUCAAAGAAUGCAAAGAAGUCUUUAUUGUGUCUA